CAGCUGUAAUUUAUUUUGAUUCUAUAUUUAUGACAUCUUAAGAUUUCCAUGGGACAGAAGAAAGUUGAGUUAUUCUCACAGAAGGGCUUAUUGAUCUCUAUGGAACUUUGUUAACCAGAAAAUGUUCCUCUUAAAAGCAAAGUAAAAAAAAGAGCACCCCGCCCCCAAACUGAUCAUGAAAGACACCUUCAUGUGGGUUUACAUUAUUAUAACAUUUAAAUAUAAAACUGAUGUUAGUGAGCUUGAGAUAUGAGACUGGAACGUAAGAUACUUGGACACAGUUGUUGGCCCAACCACAGAUUUACUCCAUGUUGUUGGUUCUCUUCCCAUGCUUUCAUUUUCUAACUUGACAGGGGAGAAAUGAUCCUUCUUUGACUCUUAUUUUUCAUGGUCACUUGCCAUAAAUUUUGGGGGACAUAGGCUGUCAUCGUUAAAUAUGUCCAGCACAUAACAAUGUUUCAAAUAGAGAAAUAAUCCAUUUAAAAGUAAAUAUGUUGGGAAAUUAUUAAAUAUUCAUACACCUUAGACUUUACUACAAAAAUUCUGCAUGUUUAACUGAAGUUUGAUUUUUUUUUUUUGACUCCUUUUUGUAAGGUUGUCAUUGCAUAUGAUCAGACCAGGGUUACCUUUGGAGCAGAUGAAAUAGUUUUAAAGGGAGUUGGGCCUAAUAGGUGUGUACAAUUUGUAUUGAAAACUUGCAUAAAUUUUAAAGUGCCUGAAACUCCUCUUCAAAAGUGCAUAGAGUUGCUUUAACUGUACAUCUUGAUGUGAACAGGAUUCUUUUGUCUGCUGGACGGGGCCUACCUCUUUCAGAAAACAUUCAGAUAAUAUUUUAUAGAGCAAGAAUUUCUCACACAAAAUAUAGGUCUUGUUUUCUUCCAUUAACUUUUUUUUUUUUUAACUCUUUGCAGCCUGCUGGAACAAGCCAAAAAUACUGUAUUUCUUCCCAGUGAUUUGUUGUUAAUAGUGGUUAUUCAGCUGAAAUUUUGAAACUUGCAUUGUUCAAUCACUUUGACAUUUUUUUCUGCCUGCAGCCGUGUUUUCACUAGCUCAGUUCAGGAGAUUAUUAGGGUGGGAUUUCAGAUUAUCCCCUUCUGUUGCCUCUUCUGGAACUCAAGAAUGUGUUUGUGGUCAAAUGUGCAAAGUUUCAGAGUGGCGGCAGCAUUUGUUUUGGGAAAGAAGCUUCAAUAGAACUGGUUCAGCAAGUUUUAUCUGCAUAUGAGUUUUUUUAAUUCUUGUUUUCAGAAAAUUACUGAGAAAAAAUACUUAGAAUUCAUAAAAACACCCUUGUUAUUUUUCAAAUUAGAACUACACAUGAAAAUAAGCUGUGUGAUGGAAAAAUAUGUCUAAUUUUGGUUUUUAAUGACAAAUAUGUAAAAACAACCAGAGAUUUUCAGGGUUUUUUUUUAAAGGAAAAACACAGUUAAAAUAUGAACAAAACUAGGAAAGAGUUCCUUGUAAAAGAGCAUUUUAUGUUAAAAUGGAAAAUUCUCACUUCAGUUCACUAGUGCGUAAGAGAAUUUGUCAGCAGUAGACAGAAUACCGUGAUAUGUUUGAGACUAAAAGGCAGAAAACCACAGUCAGAUCUUCUCUGUCAAGACACCCUGUGUGUACACACAUAAAUGCAUUUGAGUGCUUUUUCAUUUCAACAUUAGAGGAGAAAAGGUUUGUCUCUGACAUGAUUGCACUGAAAUGUAUCUUCCUGGUUGUGUUGGGGAAAGUUUAAAAUUCCAGAUACUGCAGAACACCUGAUAAAGAAACAAUAAAUGUUUUAGCAUUUUGUAGCUGUCAUGUUCUGUAUGGGAUUAGAUACCUUUGUUACAGACCAAGGUAUUGAAAUAGUGCCACUUCUUUGCAGAUAAUACAAUUUUCUACAAAAUAUUUCUCUUUUCCUUUUAAGUUCAAAAUCCCUGAUGAUGCAUGAAAUCCAACAACCACCUGAGCAUCAUGUUCAUGCAGCUGGGCGAUCUGUUGCUCCCCAGUCUGCAACACAUGAAUUUCAGGACAGAGGUCAUGAUAAGCCAGGUCAAGUUUGGUAUACCCAGAUUCAAAGAAGAAUGUUAAAAAAAUUCCAAAGCAGAUAUCUAGCAAGGAAAUUCUUCUGUCUGUGGGCAAAAAAGACAUUUGCACAAGUUCUCCCUUCCAAAGCCAGAUGCUUUUAUGAUCAGAAGAUUCUUCAAAAAACUUUUGGGGAGUGGAGGGAGCAGUGGACAGUUUGUAGAGAAAGGAAGUUCAGCCUCAGAGCAGACAACCAUUACAGGCAUUUGCUCCUUAAAUUGAUAUUCAAGGCUUGGAGAGCCUAUGUAUGCCAGCAGCAAGGAAAGAGGAGCAAGUAUUAUAUUGCAGAGUCUCAUGCAAAGAAGCAAGCUAUGCUCAGGACCUGGCAGCACUGGCUGGUUUAUGUUGGUGUUCAAAGGACAAAACAUGGGAUGCAGUCUGUGGCACUGGCAUUCAGGGAAAGAAGCUGUUUGCGCAUUUCAUGGGCAGUGUGGAGAAGACAACACUACCAGAAAUGCUCUGGACAUAAAAUGAAUAUUUUGGCUCUGCAGCAUUGGGCCCAGGGCCUGCAAUUUCGAGCUUGGUUGCAGUGGCAAGAGCUGUAUUUAUAUACCCAGAGUGACAAGCAGAAGGACACCAGGGCAGUAACUCACCAUCAGCGCUGGGAAUUGAGGAGAUGCAUGGGAGCAUGGCUGGGAUACCUGGACCUCAACAGAGUAAAGAAACGUCAGAAUGAGGUGGCCCAAGAGUUUUGCCGAAGCAGGACGCUCCGGAGGUGCUUCUCUGAUUGGCAGCAGUUGUGGGAGUGCAGGAGAAGAAUGCAUGCUCACCAAAGGGACCUGGAAAAACAAGCAGCAAGGAUUGCCUUAUGGAGAGUCUUUGCACACUGGAAGCAUUAUGUUGUGCUAUGUGUGGAAGAGGCUCAGCAAUGUGAGCUGGCUGAAAAGCACUACAAGUGUCACCUGUUGGAACUUGGCUUUAAGGGUCUUCGGCAAAAUGUCCUGGACACUCAUCUUCAGCAAAUGAGAACAAAUCUGUCGUCCCGUCAGCAUCGAGUUACAGUGCUGCAGAAGUACUGGAACCAUUGGAAGUCCCGUUUGGAAGAGAAGGAGGAAGAACAGCAGCAGGCCUUAACAUCAGUGGCUCAUGCCCGUUAUAGGAGGGUGUUGAUGAGACAGGUAUUUGACACAUGGCUGCUGAAGGCCUGCAAGCUGCAAGAAUAUCGAAUGAGAGAGAAGAGGGCUGUCCUUCAUUUCGAAAGGCAGCUCUUGCACUGUUUCUGGUGCUGCUGGCGUAGGAGAACAACUGCACGUUUGGAGGAGCAGGAGGGCUUGGUUCGUGCAAGAGAUCACUACAGUAACCAGCUGCUGCUAAAGGCCUUCAGUUUGUGGAAGCAAAAGACUCAGGCGAGAGAAACAGAGAGGCUCAAGGAGACAGAAGCUUUAAAAUUUCACUGUUCAAAGUGUCUGCAGCAGACUUGGAACAAGUGGAGAGAGUAUGUGGGACAUCAGCGUGAGAAAUGGAGGAAGUUGGUGCAAGCAGACCUGCACUAUCAACACACAUUACUGGGCAAGACUUUGGCGUCUUGGAAGAUUUACCAAGAAAAUGUACAGUGUAUUCUGUAUCAAGUAACUGAGAAGGAGAAACAGCACACUCGACUGCUGCUGCGACAGGUGCUGUGUACCUGGAGAGAAAAUGCCCUUGCUCUUAUACAUGAAUCUAAGGCAGAUGAGCACUACAGGAGAGCAAUCCUGUCAAAGGUGCUGCUGCAGUGGAGAGACACUGCCUGGCUAGGAGCGUGUCACCGCCAUCUGAAGGUGACAGCUGUGGUGGAGGCCAGAAAACAUUUGGAUAUAGUGUAUUUACAGACCCUGUUUCUUCACUGGAAGGAAUUAACAAGGGAGUCUCUGAUGCUGAAGGCUCACCACCAUAGGGCAGCACAGCACCACCAGCAGCACUUGCUCCAGAAGUACCUGGUGAAAUGGAAAAAUUAUCAUCAGAAAUGCCUUGGGAAAAAGCUGCUGCAGAGAAGGGGAGAUGAACUAAUGACUCAUAGACUUUGCUCUGCUUCCUUCUCUUGCUGGAAAGCUCGGCUGUUGCAGCAGCAAUGGGAAAAGCAGAAGACAGUGCAAGCACUGUGGCACUGGUCCCUUUCAGUGCAGAGGAAGGCAUUUGAUGCUUGGCUCGGGUUUGCAAAAGGGCAGCAGGAGAAGAAAGAUGGCAUUGAAAAUGUCACAGGAGUUCACCACACAACUCCUUUGAGAGAAGAUGCAACCCGUGCCUUGAGAAACACUGCUGGCAUCAAACAGCUUCAGGGUCAGCUCCACACCCGGCACCAGCUGGAGAAGAAGCAAGUGACAUUGAAAAGGCCUGAUGUUAGUCCUGAGACAAGAGGACAUUCAUCAGAGGAAGAGCCAUGGCCUUCAAAAUGCAGACAUCUACCACUUCACCCUGCUGAUUGGGGCUCAGUUCUCUGUGGCCUAAAUGCUAUUCAACAAGCCAGGUUACCACCAUGGAAGCCUGAGUUUCCUCUGGAGUCUCUAGAAAGCAAGGGACUGCUGGGACCUCCUUUUACUAGGUCAGAGGUACCCUUUCAACAAACAUGUGUGAAUAAAUGUUCUGCACAGACUGGGAACUUAAUGCUGACACCUCACAUGGAAGAAAGUACCUGUAAAUGUCUAUCUCAUCCCCAUCCCUCUCUCACUUGUGCUGCUCUCCCCUCUCUCCCCCUGUGGACACAGGACAUGCACUGUGCUGGGCAGGGGCCAGAGCUAUGGUCUCCUGCAUCUUUCAUGUCCCAAAUGAAAGCUGGCUCAGAAAAGAGAGGAGGUCAGCCUGUGAAUGGUCACAAAGGAGCCCAUUCCCAAGACUCUCAACAGAAUUCUGUGGAGAAGAAGUUGCAACCAAAUUUGCAGCCACAUUUGCUGUCACCUGAAAACUUGGUGGGAAAAGGGAGUCACCAGACUGCAGCUGAAGGGGAAAAGAGGGAGCACAGUUCCAGAGAAGAAAUGGUGUUGCAGAGAAAGGUGGAAGUUGAACUCCGACAUAUCCAGCAGCAGAUGCAGUACUACUACAGCAGGAAGCAAGAACUCAAGUGCUGUCAACAGCAGGCACAGAUUCUGCAGCAGUGGCUGGAAAUGAGCAUGCAGGCAGGAGCCCAAGAUGGUGUGCAAGGAGUUCAGGAAGAAUUGGGUCAGUUAAAGCUGAGGAUCAAUACUCUCACCAAAGCACAGCUAGCUGAGAGACAUCAUGUGCAGACCCUGCUUGCCCGCCUGCGAGAUAUCCAGCUUGCCCUGGAUCUGUAAUACAUCUGAACCAACUUCCCAGCUCAGGGGUAGGACUUUUUGCCCCUUUCAUAGGAGGGAAUGAUGGAAGAGAUGUAUCCAUUCACUUAGUUCUAUGUAUGGCAUUUAUAUUUGAUAAAUUACGUUAAAUUAAUUUUGCUUUUUUUAUUAUUACUCUACCUGAUCAAACUGGAGCUACAUCUACCUCAUGCUGCACUUCCAAUACCUAGUUUAGGUUACUUGUCAUGCGACAAAGAUAAGCAACACAGAUAAGACUUUUUAUUUCAAAAUGUUUACAAUUAAAUGAGUUCAUGUCAGUAAGUCAUACACUUUGCCAUACAAAAAUACCGUGCUACUGAUACAGUUGAAUUAAAUGGAUUCUCCAUGGAGGAGAAAUUCACAGCAUUAUCAGUACCCUCAAGGAACUUUGUUUUCACUCCUGGGCUGUGUUGCCUAACAAGCAAUGUUGGUUUAUUAGCUCGCUCUGCACAGUAUUAAAACCAUCAUAAAAACAGCCACUUGCAUGCUGAAUCCUCUCCUCCUUCUGAGAUUUCUAAUAAAGCAAACAUCAAGCAACCCAUCCUCCAUCACUACGCUAAUAGUUACCUUCAGAUACUCUGGAUGAUGCUGCUGAGUAGGAAGAAAUUAAAGCUUAAACUUCCUUUGGCUCUGUCUGGAUGUCAUAGGCCCCAGUGGAAAAGAGGGAAGAGAUUGUCUUUUUCUCUUACCCACUG